UCUCCAACGAAAUCUUUGGGUAGAACUGGGUCCCAAUAUUCAAGAUUAUCCAAUAGUAAAGUUCUUCCUCCACCAAAACCAAUCUUUUCAGCAUCGACUUUCGUUAAAGCUAACCAAGAUCAACAAAAUUUUAGAUCUCUAAAAGAUUCAACUGUUCCAAACUUAAACAUGAACCAGAGACUUAGUCAAGAUUCCUUUAGCGAAAAUGAAAAUCAAUUUAGUGAAAAGAUAAAUUAUUUGAAUUCUGCUCAUACUCCACAUGAAGUCUCUUUUGGAAAUCAAAACCAAAAUCAACAAAGAGACUAUGAUUAUAACACCGUUGGCACUGAUGGAGUCCAAUCUAUAAAUUCAGGUGAAACUAAUAAUCUUGAUAAAAAUAUGAUGCACUCAAUUCCUCUUCAACAACAACCAAGAAGAAAAAAAUCAAGAAUCAGAAAACAAAUCCCAAUGAAAAAUGGUACUUUUGUUCUUGAAAAUCCAAUUCCAACAAAAUUAGCCUCAUUCUUGCCUAAAAGAGACGAUAAAGAAUUUCUAUUUGUUAGAUACACUGCAUGCACAACUGAUCCAGAUGAUUUUGUUAAAAGUGGUUUUACUUUAAGAGCAUCACAGGCAGGUAGAGAAACCCAGGUCGCUAUUUGUAUAACUCUUUAUAAUGAAGAUGAAAUUGCAUUUACCAGAACUAUGCAUGCUGUUCUAAAAAACAUUGCUCAUUUAUGUAAAAGAAAUAGAUCAAGAGUUUGGGGUGAAGAUGGUUGGAAAAAAGUCCAAGUUAUUAUUGUUGCAGAUGGAAGAGCCAAAAUUCACCCAGGGGUGCUUGAAGUUCUUGGUGGUCUUGGUGUCUAUCAAGAUGGUAUUGCCAAAGAUCAUAUCAAUAAUGAUGCCGUAGAAGCCCAUAUCUUUGAGUACACAACCCAAGUAUCAAUGGAUACAGAUUUAAAAUUCCAAGGUGCUGAAAAAGGUAUAGUUCCUGUUCAAAUUUUAUUUUGUCUUAAGGAAAACAACAAGAAGAAAAUUAAUUCUCAUAGAUGGUUGUUUAAUGCAUUCUGUCCAUUAUUGGAUCCAAAUGUGUGUGUUUUGUUGGAUGUUGGAACAAGACCUGAAGCUCCAGCAAUUUAUCAUUUGUGGAAAGCCUUUGAUAAUGAUUCUAAUGUUGCCGGUGCUGCAGGAGAAAUUAUUGCAAUGAAGGAAAAAGGUGGGUUAAAUUUGUUAAAUCCACUUGUUGCUUCACAAAAUUUUGAAUAUAAAAUGUCUAAUAUUUUGGAUAAACCCUUGGAAUCUGUGUUUGGAUAUAUUUCUGUUUUACCUGGUGCAUUGUCAGCAUAUAGGUACUGUGCUUUGAAAAAUCAUGAUGAUGGAACUGGUCCUUUAUAUUCUUACUUUAAAGGUGAAACUUUAGCUGGAUCAAGUAGAGACGUUUUCUCUGCUAACAUGUAUUUGGCUGAAGAUCGUAUUUUAUGUUGGGAAUUAGUUGCUAAAAAAAACGAAAAAUGGGUUUUGAAAUAUGUUAAACAAGCAAAAGGUGAAACUGAUGUUCCGGAUAAUAUUCCAGAAUUUAUUUCUCAAAGAAGAAGAUGGCUUAAUGGUGCUUUAUUUGCAGCUCUUUAUUCUCAAAUUCAUUUCAGACAAAUUUGGCAAACAGAUCAUUCGUUUUUAAGAAAGACUUUCCUUCACAUUGAAUUUUUCUAUCAAUUUGUCCAAUUGAUUUUUUCAUUAUUUUCUCUUGGAAACUUUUAUAUUGCAUUUUACUUUUUGGCUGGUUCUAUGGUUAAUAGUGAUAUUAUUCCCAACAAUGGUGGUUACUGGCUAUUCACCAUUUUCAAGUAUUUUUGCAUUUGUGAUUUGACUGCCAUAUUCAUUAUAUCAAUGGGAAAUAGACCUCAAGGUGCAAAACAUCUUUAUCUUUUUAGUAUGAUAUUAUUGACUAUAUGUGCAUUGUAUGCAACAGGUUGUGGUUUCUAUUUUAUAUUCAGCACUUUAGGAUCUUCAGAUGAUGUAGACAAAGAGGCUUCUCUUAAUAUUGUUGUUUCAUUAUUAUCCACAUAUGGGCUUUAUGCAAUAAUGUCAUUUAUUUAUUUGGACCCAUGGCACAUUUUCAAUUCGUUUUUCCAAUACUUUCUCAUGUUACCAUUUUACACUUGCACAUUACAAAUCUAUGCAUUUUGCAAUACCCAUGAUGUUUCGUGGGGUACCAAAGGUGAUAAUCAAGUUGCUACUGAUUUAGGUACGGCUAUUAUUAAAGUUGAUGAGUCUGGACAAGAAAUUGUUGAAGUAGAUAUCCGAACUGGAGGAGAUAUUGACACUGGGUAUGAAGAAACGUUGUUUAACUUAAGAGCUAGAAGACAAACUCCUAGGGGAAUUAAGACAAUUCAAGAAAAACAGGUUUCUGAAACCGAUUAUUAUAGAGACAUUAGAACUAGGGUAGUCUUAUUUUGGUUAAUUAGUAAUAUGAUCUUAGUUAUGAUUAUCACACAGGUAUUUCAAGUUGGAACUAAUGGUGGUAACAACUAUUUGGCAUUCAUUCUUUGGUCUGUUGCAGCAUUGGCAGCAUUCAGGGCAUUAGGAUCAUUAUUCUAUCUUUUCCAUUUGUUUAUGAGAUGGUGUGUUGAAACCAAGCAUAAAAUGGAUGAUAGUGGAUAUGAUAUGAACGUUUUCAAAUUUAAAUUCACACGUACUGAUUAAUAUAAAAGAUGUGUUAUAAACUAUUAUAUGUUAUUUUUUUAAGAUGUUUUUUUUUUAAGUCUUAUGAGAUUUUAUUUGAACUUUAGUGGAUUGAUACUUGUUUAUAUUUUUUUGGAGACUUAAGUUUAGUAAUUGUUACAGUUUUUGUUUUAAUUUUUUUUUAGUUUUUUU